UGCAGUAGCGCAGUGAAACAUUUGGGCGGUGGAUAAAUAAUGGAAAAUAAAAUUCAGACUACAGACAGCUUCAGGUUUCCAUACAUCGGAAACAGCUGCUGCAUCUGUAAUUCUGUCCGUCCCGAGGAGAGUCCACACUCUACAUCCUUGGCUCACCUAUAAUGACGCACAGGUGCUGCACACAACUAGAUCUGCAGCUUGUGAGGAACAGCAGCACUCAGCCUACAUCCUGUUUUACAAGAUUAACACACCCUUCAGUUUCAUCAUGUCAUCCCUAACAAUACAAUGUAGAGUUGGAUGGAGGAUGAAGACAGCAGAGAGCAAAAGAAACAGUUGAACUUUUGCAAAGCUGAGGAGAUUUUGGCUGCGAUCACAUCAAGUCCAAAGAUGUUUAAACUUCUUUUUCACAGAAAGAAAUCACACAAACAAAACGUGGCAGAGAAGGAAAUUCCUUCUACGUCUCAUCAGAGCAUCCCGGAUGCUUGUGUUGCUGAAAAUGGUCAAAAGAAGAAGAGAAAAUGGAGACACCUCUGCUGUUCCUCGCAAACUGACAGCGAUGCAGAGGCAGAGAGCAACACUGUGAAGACACAAAAAAAGUGUCGCUGGUUUCUUUUUAAAUUCUGGAAGAAAUUACACAAACAAAACGUGGCAGAGAAGGAAAUUCCUUCUACGUCUCAUCAGAGUGUAGCAUGCGGUGGGAAAAAAAUAGAAAGUCAAACUGGGACUAUAGACUGCUUCGGGUUUCCAAACAUCGGAAACACCUGCUACAUGAACUCCUGCCUGCAGAGCCUCCUCAACAUUGAGGAGUUCAUAAGAGACAUCAGGCGUCAGGGGGUUUUGUGGAGCACAGAUCCAGAAGCUCAGCUCUUAAGAAGGCUUAUUGAUGUCAGGGACUGUCACGAGUCAACAGAUUAUGGCCUUAAAGAUCACCACCUAAGAGCUUUUAAGAAGGCAUUCAGCAGUCAAGCUCCUGAAUACACCGGCAGUGCACAGAAAGACGCUCAUGAAUUCCUAACAUUAUUCCUCGAUGAGGUCAAAAGGCUCACACCUCACCUGGAGAGGAACGCAGCUCUCCUGGGCCAAAGUUAUAGCUGCCCAGUAGAAGACCAUCACAUUUUUAAAAUGGAAAACAUGAGGACAUGCAAGAGCUGCGGUCACCAAUCAUCACAGCAAGAGGAAUUCACCAGCUUGUCUCUAGACCUUGUUCCAGAGGGGUCUAUUAUAAACAUGUUAGAGACAUACUUGAAGGAACAAGAAAUAGAAUUUCGCUGUGAUUGUGGAGGGACGGCCUCAGAACUGAAGUCGUCUUUUGAUACACUGCCAAGAGUUCUGAUCUUGCAUCUGAAGAGGUUUGGCUUUACACAAACCUACAAGAUUAAGAAGGUGGAUGACCCCGUCAGGCUGCAGAGGGACUUGGUGGUGCCAUCCAAUCAGGGUGGUGGCUGUUAUAGUCUUUGCAGCAUCAUCAGUCAUUAUGGAGGCACAGAGUCAGGACACUACAUCUGUAGUUCUGUCCAUCCUGAGGAGAGUCAGCACUCUACAUCAGAUCGCUGGCUCACCUAUAAUGACGCACAGGUGCUCCACACAACUGGAUCUGCAGUUUGUGAGGAACAGCAGCAGUCGGCCUACAUCCUGUUUUACAAGAGAAACUUCUGAAACAGGAAAUGGAAGGAAGGAAGGAAGUUAAGGUCAUCAUCAUGCUGAGAAGGAAAAGCAGUCGUCCCAGCCCACCAUCGCACACUGGAGGACAAGUAUAGGUAAGUAUUGCCCUCAGGAGGGAGGGUCCUGCCAGAGAGCCUGGUCCUCCCAAGAUUUCUUCCUCCAGGAGGGAGUUUUUUCUUGCCACCGUCGCCCCACAUUCACUGGUCUCAUCAGCAGGGACAUUUUUAACCUCCUAAGACCUGAACUUUCAUGGCAUGCAUUUUUAAUUUCUCUGUGCCAUUUAGGUUGAUUGGGACCCGAUGAAGGUAAAAACCAAGACAUCAGAUUCGGACUAUCUUUUUUUUGUUUCUCAAAAGAAUGAGAUCCACAUAUGAGGACAUUCAUUUUAAAUUUCGAUUGAACAGUGGCAGUGUCAUGUCCUCCCUCAUAAGUGGAUAUCAGGUUUUUGAAGAGCAAAAUUUUGUAUUUUGGUCUAGACAACCCAAAAUGUUAUGUCUACAUAUGUGGACACCAGGUCCUAGGAGGUUAAAACAAAAUCUACUAGAGAUCGUCCUUUUCUGGACCAGUGUUUGGCUUGCUC